AGUCGUAUUAUAAAACGGAAGCGAUAGUCGCGUUCUCCAAAUUUAAAUUAAUAGUUAGAAAUCAAAAGUGUAAAAUCGAAAAGUUGAAAAAAGACAACUGAAAUGGGUCAGAAAUCAGAGUUUGAAUAUCGUCUUAGCAACUUGAUUCGACCAACCAAUCAUCGAACAGCUCCACCGACUGUACAACGAGCAAAAGAAGUCAAAAGCGUCAAAUUAUAUCCCGUUCGAAACGAACAUUAUUACUGUUCCAAUUGUGGAGCCAAUACUGCUAGUAUCAAAAAUAGAAUGUAGCAAGCGUAGUUAAUUGAAGUUGUCAGUUUAGAAGAAGAUCCGUGUGGACUUUUCGUUGAAGUCAGUAAAAUUUUUAGUUAGAAGAAAGUAAAAUGCAGUCUCCGUACAUGUUUGGGCCAGAUCCAACUGCGGUACAAUGCCCAGCGUGUGGACAUAGAGUUCUGACGAGAAUCGUUUAUAGAGCAAAUAUAAUGACUCACUUGAUCGCAGUUCUUUGCUGUUUUUUAACUGGUUUCCUAUGCUGCUUAUUACCAUAUUGCAUUGACUCGUGUAAAGAGGCACAACAUUAUUGUCCCGCUUGCGGAGCAUACCUUGGAACCUAUUCGAGAUAAUUGUAUCUGGCCAUAAAAAUUCAAAAUACAAAAAGAAUAAGAAAUCCACGAGGAAAAAUAUUUCAUGGAGAUAAAGAGGAUGCAGCAGUUCUUACAUAAACAAGCAAAUCAAUUGCAGAAAUUAUGUAAUAAUGUUCGAUAGUUUUGGAACCACUUGCUGGAUGGAAAAAAUACCGAAGGUCGACAUGUUGGAAUUUAUAGAAAUGGAGCAACUCU